UAAUGGGUACCUUUAAGUAACCUGGAGAGUUUCCUUGUUUUUUCUGUAGUAGUAAUUUCAUUUCUAGGGCUGGGUUGCCUUUAAAGGUAGCUCUCAGUUCCUGUUUUUUUAUGUAGUAUUUAAUUUUGUAAAAGUGUGGGGUUUGCUGUGCUGCUGAUACUGGUACAAUGGAAUCUCGCCAUUUCCCAGCAAGAACUGUGGUAUUUAAGAGGGAACGAAAUGGUGUGACCUAUCGAAUUCCAGCCCUCCUUUACAUUGCUCACUCUAGGACACUGCUGGCCUUUGCUGAAGAGAGACUCAGUCCAGCUGACAUUGAUGCCAAGUUCCUAGUUCUCCGUAGCGGAACCUUCUACAGGAGCUAUGUUGAGUGGGAGGACAUGAAAGCACUACAAUCGGCUCAUUUGAAGAAUCACCGGUCCAUGAAUCCUUGCCCUGUCUACGAUGAAUUCACUGGCACUGUUUUCCUCUUCUUCAUAGCAGUAUUGGGCAAUACAUCGGAGUCUUAUCAACUUGUCACAGGAAAGAAUGUCACAAGGCUUUGUUAUAUUACCAGCACGGAUCAGGGACGCAGCUGGAGUUCAGUUACUGAUUUGACAGAGACAACUAUAGGAUCAUCAAUCAAGGGUUGGGCUACCUUUGCUUUGGGCCCUGGACAUGGAAUUCAGUUGAAAUCUGGUCGUCUUGUGAUCCCAGCUUACACUUAUCAUAUUGACUGCAAAGUCUGCUUUGAAAAGAAGUGCAAUACAACCCCUCAUUCCUUCACUUUCUACAGUGAUACCCAUGGGAAGAUUUGGAAGUUUGGGGAAUUUAUUCCUAAUCUUGAGACUCUGGAAAACCAAGUGGUGUCAGUAGAUGAGGAAGAUGGAACCACUCUUCUGUACUGCAAUGCCAGAAGUUCCCUAGGGUUUCGUGUCCAAGCUGUUAGCUUUGAUGAUGGAGCAGUCUUUGAGACAGGACAACUCGUACAAAAGUUGGUUGAACCACCUCAUGGCUGUCAUGGUAGCAUUAUUGGGUUUCCAGCCCCUUUUGAAAAAAACUGCAUUCACCCACUGCAAGGCAAUGCUAUUAAUCGUGAAACAACUGCAUUGACAGGGGCUGAGUCCUUCAAACCAUCUGCGAUUAUUGACAGUUACUGUAUUAAUAAGGAUUGCCAAAGUACUCCAUUUUAUGCACAUCUGAAUGAAAACCAGAUGGGGCUGGAAGGGCAGCAGGAUAUUUCUGGAUGUAGUGACAUCAGUAACUUAAAGGUACAUAAUCCACUUUCAGAUCCUAAUAACUGCUGUAAGGGAGCUAUACUACUAUCUUCCUCCAAAUUCAAGCUACAAACACCUACUUGGAUGCUUCACUCUCACCCUACAAGCCCAACUUCCCGUAUAAAUAUGGGCAUAUACCUUAGUACCUUCCCAAGGGAUCCAGAUAGCUGGACAGAUCCUUGGGUCAUUUAUGAAGGUCCUAGUGCUUACUCUGAUCUGGCCUCCAUUGAGCUGCAUUCUGCUUCUGGUGAUCAUCAUAUUCCAGCUAUGGCCUUUGCUUGCUUGUAUGAGAGUGGCCACAAGGUUCCAUAUGAAGAAAUCUCUUUCAGCAUGUUCACACUCUAUGAACUUGUACGCAAUAUUCCUUACAAAGCUGGCUUACAAAUGAAAAUGAAUAGAGCAAACAGAGUGCCUCUGUGCUGUCCAAUUAAUUAACUUGGUUAGUCAGAGCAUUAGUGCAUCAAGAAAAUGGUAAUUUCUCUGUUGGGUCUACAGCAUCCUAGGACUUUUUGGCUACUUUCAUUCAACAGACUGAGACCAUUUGAUCCAUCUAGAAAUGACUAAACCUGUGUUUGUAAUAUCCAUUUUCCAAGGCACAUUGCACAAUUCAUGACUGAAGUUUAAAUUUGUAUUGCAUCUUCUGUUUAAGACCCUGUCCAGUCAAAACGGGUCCAUCUAGAAAUGACUAAACCUGUGUUUGUAAUAUCCAUUUUCCAAGGCACAUUGCACAAUUCAUGACUGAAGUUUAAAUUUGUAUUGCAUCUUCUGUUUAAGACCCUGUCCAGUCAAAACGGGUCCAGAUUAGUAGCUUGCCUGACCUAGCAACAUAUUAAAACAGAGAUGUCACAUUUUUCACUUCUGCACAUCGGCAAAUCCCAUUAAAUAUAAUGGCAUUAUAAAUUAAUGUGGUAAAAUUUUUUACACAAUAAAUAUGCAAUUUCACAAA